CUUCAGCUCCCAGCAACACAAUGCAGCUGAGCAGGCAAGCACAGCCCACAGCCAGAAGCGGUUCCCACUCUCCAGAACAAGGCGACCUUUAAGCUUAAGUUUCCCGGAGAAAAUGAGAUGCUGCUGCUGAAGACGACACUAUGGCUUUGAUGGAAUAUCAGAUACUGAAAAUGUCUCCCAGCUUGUUCAUCCUUCUGUUUCUCACACCUGGUAUUUUAUGCAGUUGUCCUCUCCAAUGUAUAUGCACAGAGAGGCACAGGCAUGUGGACUGUUCAGGCAGAAACUUGACUACAUUACCAUCUGGACUGCAAGAGAAUAUUAUCCAUUUAAAUCUGUCUUAUAACCAUUUUACUGAUCUUCAUAACCAGUUAACCCAAUAUACCAAUCUGAGGACCCUGGACAUUUCAAACAACAGGCUCGAAAGCCUGCCUGCUCAGUUACCUCGGUCCCUCUGGAACAUGUCUGCAGCUAACAACAACAUUAAACUGCUUGACAAAUCUGAUACUGCUUAUCAGUGGAACCUUAAAUUUCUGGAUGUUUCUAAGAAUAUGCUGGAAAAGGUUGUCCUCAUUAAAAAUACACUAAGAAGUCUUGAGGUUCUCAACCUCAGUAGUAACAAACUUUGGACAGUUCCAACCAAUAUGCCCUCCAAACUACAUAUCGUGGACCUGUCUAACAAUUCCUUGACACAAAUCCUUCCAGGAACAUUAAUAAACCUGACCAAUCUCACACAUCUUUACCUGCACAAUAAUAAGUUCACAUUCAUUCCAGAUCAAGCUUUUGACCAACUCUUUCAGUUGCAAGAGAUAACCCUUUACAAUAACAGGUGGUUGUGUGACCACAAACAAAACAUUACUUACUUACUGAAGUGGAUGAUGGAAACAAAAGCCCAUGUGAUAGGGACUCCCUGUUCUAGCCAAAUAUCAUCUCUGAAGGAACAUAACAUAUAUCCCACACCUCCUGGAUUUACCUCAAGCUUGUUCACUGUAAGUGGGAUGCAGACAGUGGACACCAUUAACUCUCUGAGUAUGGUUACUCAACCCAAAGUGACCAAAACACCCAAACAAUAUCGAACAAAGGAAACAACGUUUGGUGCCACUCUAAGCAAAGACACCACCUUUGCUAGCACUGACAAGGCUUUUGUGCCCUACCCAGAAGAGACAUCCAUAGAAACCAUCAGUUCACAUGAAGCAGCAGCUGCAACUCUAACUAUUCAUCUCCAAGAUGGAAUGGUUACAAACACAAGCCUCCCUAGCUCAACAAAAUCAUCCCCAACACCCAUGACCCUAAGCAUUACUAGUGGCAUGCCAAAUAAUUUCUCUGAAAUGCCUCAACAAAGCACAACCCUUAACUUACGGAGGGAAGAGACAACCACAAAUGUAAAGACUCGCUUACCUUCUGUGGCAAGUGCUUGGAAAGUAAAUGCUUCAUUUCUCAUAAUGCUCAAUGCUGUGGUCAUGCUGGCUGUUUGAGGGUCUGCAUUUUUUUUUUUUUUGAAACUAACGAAAGAACUCUUCCCUGAUGUACAGUUGGGAAAAUAUGUCCCUAUCUAACCAGUGAUUCAAGCUAUAUAAGUAUUCAAGAAAGCCAGUCUUACAUUUCUGACUCUGAUGUAAUGAAGUAACUUGUCUUAAAUAAAAGAAGUGCACAAUGUCUUGGUACUCGCUGCUAUUUUACUGUCUUAAUUAAGUAAAACUAAUGAGUUUCCUUCUUUUUAAUGAAAUGUUUUCUUUUUAAGGCUUCAAUUUAUUGCACAAGAUAUAAAGCAUCUAAACUUUAAUAUGUAUUUUAUGUAUGUUUACAUUGUCAAACAUCUGGGGAAAAAAAAUAA